GCAUGCGCAGUGGGAUCCAUGUGAUUUGAGUGGAAUGUAUACUUACAUGGGGUUAACACGUGUGGAUUUCUGCACUAAAUUUUUAAAAAAUGGCAAAAACUAACGUUCCCAAAGGCAGAACACGACAAAGUAGACGUCUUAAUCCUGAUGUUGUGGAAGAGGAGGAAAAUACCUCUCCUGUAGAUCAAGCUAAAGAUGAGCCAGAAGAUGCCAAAACAGAGGUGGAAGACAAACCACAGAGUGAAGACAAACAAACUAAAAGUGCCUCUCCAGGUGUAAAAAAUAAAGAGGAUGACAAACCAAAGACACAAGGUAAAAAUGACUCUAUAGAUGACAAACCUAAGGAGGACAAACCCGAGCACGACAAACCCGAGGAGCACGACAAGCUGGAGCAGGACAAACCCGAGGAGGACAAACCCGAGGAGGACAAACCUGAGGAGGACAAACCCGAGGAGGAUAAACCCGAGGAGGACAAAGCCGUGGAGGACAAACCCGUGGAGGACAAACCCAUGCCUGCAAACGUAGAAGAGGCCCAAGCUCAAGUGACCCCUUCAAACGUCCAAGCAGACACAGAGGAGCCUUUAAAAGAAGAAGAACUUAAAGAUGAAGAGGAUGAUGAGGUGGAUGCUGUCAUUGAGGUGAAAGGCAGUGCACCAAGAGUGAGUGUGUCAUGGGAAAAGAGUGAGCAACGAGACCAAGAAAUGACAGAAGAAAUGACAGAAGAUCUGACCAAGAACGACAACACAGAGAUCAGUGAUGAAAAAGAAAAGGCCUCAACACCUGUGGUUUUGGGUGAAGAAUCUGAGGAGACUUCUACAGAGGAGAAAGAGGACAACGAUGAAGAGGGGGAGAACAAAGACAAAAACACAGAAGAGACUGAAGACAUACAAGACUCUGAAAUGGAAACUGCCACCAGUGAGAACAAUGAAUGUGUGUCCCCAAAAGCUGAAAAGGAACGAGUGAGCAGUGAAGGAGAGAGUGAGAAAGGCAAAAAAAGAACAGUAAAAGCAAAACGGAAAACCCAGCCCUCAGUUGACUCAUCCCCGUCGAAGAAACCUAAACUCAUAAAUGAUGGUUAUUGUGUUUAUAUUGGAAACCUGAACAAAUCAAAAUUCUAUGAAGAUAUCAAAAAUACACUGGCCAACUGCUUAAUGAAGCACAGUCUCCUGGUUCAAGACAUUCGACUGGACAAAGCCAAAAAACAUGCAUUUGUGGACCUGGCCUCAGAGAUGGACCUGAAUAAAGCGCUCACGUUAAAUGGAGAGAAAUUACUGGACCAACCCAUGAAAGUCGCCAAAGCUAAAGUCAAAGAGGCCAAGGUCAAAGUGAAGAAUCGACAGCAAAGCAAACAGACCAAAAACGAGCGUACCAUAUUUGUAGAAAACAUCCCAUUUUGUGCUACAAAAGAAGACGUGCUGAAGGUGUUUCCAAAGGCUACUGCUCUGAGGUUUCUUGGAGGAACGGAUGAUCCAAGCAAAGGUAUUGCUUUUGUGGAGUUUCAAAAUAAAGAGAAGGCUAAAGCAGCACUGAAGCUGAACGGAAAAGCCAAGAUCCAGAAGCGUGUCCUGAGAGUGAGUGCGGUCAAAGUUGAGCCUGGAGCCAAAAAAGCCAAAGCCAAAAGUGACUCCUCUAAAAACGCAAAGACUGCAGCUCCUCCUAGUGAUAUUUUGUAUGUGAGAAACCUGCCAGAAAACGUUCAGGAAAAUCAUCUGAAAAAGGUCUUCAAGAACGCUGUACACAUCAACAUUCCUCAGAGCGAUGGCAAACCCAAAGGUUAUGCGUUUGUGGAGUUUAAAUCGGUGGCACAGGCAGAGACGGCUUUAAAGUCGGCAGCAAAACGUAAACUCAUGAAACAACCGCUCAAAGUCACAUUUGGUCUUAAAUCAAGGAAGGACCUUUACUUAGGACCUAAGGAAAGAACAGUCCCAUCUAAAACGCUGAUAGUUCUGGGUUUGAGUGAAAGAACCAGCCAUAACACUCUGAUGGAGGCUUUUGAAGGGGCUCUGAGUUCUAAGAUCUUAAAGGACAAAGGCACAGGACGCACGAGGAGGUUUGGCUUUGUGGACUUUGAGAGCGUGGAGUCCUGCACAGUGGCCAAAGAGGCAGCGGACGACAUAGAGAUCGACGGCUGUAAAGUGACUGUGGCAUUCGCUCGCCCCAAAUCCUCAGAGUUGGAGAAUAGUGGUGAGAAAGGACAUAAAGGAGGGAAGGCGUCCACAAGAGUUAACAGACAAGCAAGUCAAUAAACGAUGUGUACAUGUAUCAAGAUGUAUAUAUUUAACCAUCAGAGGUGUGUAGAGUUACCAACAAUAGUAAACAAAUAAGAAUAACGUUACUUCAAAAUAAUAUUACUCAAGUGGAAGUACAAAUAGUGGUCCAAGGAAUUACUCACCUCAGACUGAAAAAGUAUUUGGGGAAACUACUACUCAAGUAAGAAUAACUUAAAGACUAACUGUCGGAAUGUAACAUCUGAUUUAUAAUUUAAAAUUUAAUUAAUUGAUAAGUAAUUUGAAGGACAAAACAUAAAAUAAAUAAAAUGAUGCACCAAAUCUAAUGUUUUGAAAUGAUAGACACAAAGAGAAACUAAAUCAUAUCUGAAGGAGCGGUGCAAGAAACACAAACGUUCAAAACAUUGAUAUUGUCGACAUAAAGUUUUUGUUACUUGUAGACUUACACACAGUGGGAAGAGGAAGCUUUACUGAAGUACUGUUGCUUCAUUAAAAUAUUACUCUAGUAGGCAGAUUUUUUUUUAAACCACAAUCAGCAUAUUCUCUGAGCUCUGACCAAUCAGAGCAGACGAUACUGUUAUGUGAGUGCAGAGAGGAGCAGAGAAAGCAGUGAGACUUUCAUGCUUUGGGUGCUGAAAGAUGCUGAAAGAUAUUUGAUAGCUAUGUUUUGUAUUGCGAUAAUGAUAUUAUUUUAAUAUACUUUUUGACAAAAUAUGUUCAGUUAAUUUAAAACAGAAAAUGCACAUCGUUAGUCAAACUGAGUCAAAAUAAACUUAAGAAAGACUAAACCAAGACUAACCCAAGUCUAAUGUAGAACUUGAUAAGGAAAAUCAUAAAUACAAUCUCCAAAUUGCAGCACAUUUCUAUAGAAUCAAGAACUUUGCGUUGUUGCAUCAGCCAAUAUCACUAUAUUGAUAUUUUCAGCCCUGCUCAGUAACUAGUAUGAUCUUAAAUGUAUUUACAAUUACAUGGCUAGAAUUUUACUCAAUUACAUGUACAGGUUUAAAAAUCUACUCAAAAAAGUACAAUUACCCAAAACAUCUUCUCAGUUAUAUUAAUAUGAGUAUUUGUAAUGAGUUCCUUUCCAUCCCUGGAUUUACUUAGUUUUUUGUUUGUCAGGGAAAUGAUGUGGAGCUGGUCAAUCAUUCCCGAAGAAAAAAAAACAGACUGCUAAUCUGAAAUGAGAUGAGACUAAACGUAUUUUUAUUGUGAAUGAUGUGAAUAUGUGUAAAGACAAUUAAUUGUUUUUGUUUGUUGUUGUUAAUUUGAUAUAAAUAAAAGUGACUUCAUUCAU